CUCGCUUCAGUGGGCGCUCAAGAGAAAUCGGACACUUGUUUUACAUGCAAGUAGAACUAUAUAAUAAGUUCUAUUCCCGCCCCCCAGAUCCACGACAUCCAACCGCGAACGCACAUCAAGCUACAACAUUCACUCAAUAGGAUGACAACGAAGAAUGUGUCACACUGAUUCAACAAAAUUUUGAGCUCCUCAUGCCCAAUUUUGGACAGCUUUAUUCAGGAAGAGAAAGGAGAGACUGCUCCCGCGAAGCGGGAAGUUCAGAAUAGUGUUGGAAACACGCACGUGUGGUGGGAUUGCCCUCCCCUAGGAUAGAGCUGUACCUAGUGUACGCUCUCUUAUACAAAUCAAUAGAUUCGGCAUAGUGAUGUCGCUUUGCGAGGAGAUAAGCAAUGCAGUAGACACUUGUCAGCGUGUCUGGAUGGUCAACACCGAGCACCUUCUCACUGGUCGCCAGCGUCUGCCUGUGCAUCGAUCGAUUCCGCCUCAGCGUACUUGCGUUGAUAGCCUAGUGCUACGGCGAAGUUGUUCUUGCUCUUCAGCGUCAAAACAUCCUCAUUUCCCAUACUUCUCUCUCUCUCAACAGAAGCGCUUGCCGAUGCAUCGCUGCUGCCUCCGAGUACUGGCCCAGCGUCGAUUGGCAACACCAGAUCCACUCAAGAAGCGACGCUCUUGCCGCCUCAUCCACCGUUAUCACUAAAGUGACCAAGUGGAUUGCGUGCGGAAGGUACAUUAACCAUCUCUCCUUCUCCUCAUGCCCACCGUACAGCAAAACCUCCUCAAGCCUCUCUGCUGCUUUAACUACCCAACCCUUCUUUUCAUCAUAGCUGCAUUCUGGUAGAAAUGGAGCAUGGCGUCAAUCUCAGCAGAAAGCGCACUGAGAUUCCACUUAUUGAUCCAGCGCGUACCGAUCCAGAAGCAACCAGAAAUUGUGUCAUGGGCUGCUAGCUUGUCACUGAACACGAUCUUUGCAAAGCCAGGCUUGUCUCUGCUAGUACUUUUUAUUUACUUAGGUCUUUCAUAUGUGAAUUCAACGGCGGGCCACCGGGACCGUGUUGAUCAGGCUUAUCAGGCUAAACAGGCUUACUGCGAUAGCUUCACGUAUCUGGGCAAGAACAAACACGAGGCUAGCGUAAGCGUCUUUCAAAACGCUCUCCACAGGAAAUGAAGCAGCGUACUCUCUGCACAGCGUCGACCUGACAAAGGCAGACAAGAUCUGUUGAUCGCCUUCUACAGUUAGAGCUUGUUUGCGCGAACUCAUUUCGGAGG